AUGGACCACUUUGGAGAGUUGACUUGUCGAGAUUGUAACAUGAUUUUCCGUUCCGUCGACCUUCUGGAUAAACACAGGCACCGGUUCUGUAUUGGAAGUGUGGUAGGAAACCCAAAGGCAUCAUGGAGAAAGCAGGGGGAAAUGAUUAAACCUGGAAAGGUGGCGUACAGGGGAAUCCGCCCCAGGAUGAUAAAAACUCCUGAUCUAAUUCGUCUUAGAGAGCAGAAGGAGAAACUGAUGAAGCAGAAUAAACAAGAAACAAACAAAGAUCCCAGUACGACCAACAGCCUGGUCUUCAGCAAACUCACAGAGGAGUUUCAGAAGCUGAGAAUGUCAGUAGAAGAGAGUUUGCCCAGAAGACUCAAAGAGGGGCUGUAUUGUGGUAGUCAGUGUGUUAAUGGGAAUAAGCUUCAGGAGAACCACGAGCAGAAGCUGGCUGAGAUCCGAGUACACACCACACAGCUGGAAGCACAGCGAGAGGAGAUAGAGCGUCAGCUGGCAGGUCUGAGUGGAAAUAGUGAGAAAGCUCAUCUGGAAGAGUUGCUGCAGGAGCUGAAGGGACAGGAAGAAAGAAACGAGGAGGUUCUGCACCACCUCGUCACUCAGAUCAAUGGACUGCAGGGGGUAAAAGAAGCCGAGGUUAUUUCAGUUCAUGUGGAGGAUAAAAAGACCCGAGAUGUCACAUGUGAACUGAUCUCCUGUGUGGAUGGGCCACUCUCCAGCCAGAUCAGGUCUUUAUGCCUGGCGUAUAUGCAGAAUGGUGGUUCUAAUCCAGAGGUGCUGGCUCACCUGCAUGAUCUUCAGGCUGAAGCUCUGGCGCUGGAGCAGAUCAAAUCCACAUCUGAGCACAGACCAUGGAAAAGACGUAUGAAAAACUCUCUCUCAUCUCUGGACUCAAAUAUUGUGGCGGUGGAGCAUGAGAACCUUCUCCUGGAGGAGGAGAUCCUCAGAAUGCAGAUAGCAAGAGAGAGAAACAGGGGAAAAUAUGCUGGUCCAGAGCUGGAUCUGAUCCAGAGACACCACGUCCAUCAGAUGUCCAGCCUAAGAAGAGAGCUGGAGAGAAGCAGAGUGAAGAAGUCUCAUCCCUAUACUCACCAACAGACACUAAUCGGUAAACACGAUCUUGACUCUGUGGACACCCUUGGUCCUGCUCCGUAUGAUCCUGUGUCCGGACUUGUGAUCUUCUAUGACAUGGUGCUGGACGUGGCUGCCAUGUUUACUACAGUUUUUCUGGUAGCCAGGCUGUUCACUGGGGGGCAGGAAAUAGCAAGACCAACUCCCUUGCCUCCUGUCCAGUGCCAGCGUGGUGAAAACUUUGCCUUGGUGGCAGUGAAACAGCCUGUGCUUGGGGUGCAGCCGUCUCCAUCGCUCUCACUGGUGGUGGAGGUUCAGGCUGUUGGUGGUUUUGAAUCGUCUGAUCAGGAGAUUCAGGGUUGGACCAAGCUGCACUUGUUCGAUCAGCAUAAUCAGGUUCAGAAUGGAUUCUGGAAGCUUCCAGUGCGAUCUCUGCCUGUAGGACCAUCUCUCAAUCCUGAACAACUCAACUCUCUCCCUCAGCUGUGUAAGAUGGAACUUUGUGUUCGUGUGGUGAACGCUCGAGAUGAAGAUGUACAGUCGCUCAUCAAGAUCCAUCCUAACAACAGCAGCCAUUACAAAUAUCCACCGAGGAUGUUCUCGCACUCAGCAAUGACAGCGGAAAGCCAGAUGCAGCACGUUCCGUCCAAUCCUUUGUGGUCAUCAGUUUCCCAAAAUCAACAUGAAGAUUCUUCUCCUGCAGAAGGUGGUCAGGAUGAGAAAUAAAGGCGACACCAAACUGAUCGGACCUGUAAUCACUACAAUUCAUGCUUUUGUUUGAACUGUUUUAAUAACUCAACCAAUUUAGGGGUCUACAGUGCUGAGUAUUUAGACCAUUUAUAAUAAAAUCUACUUCACCCAUCAAGAGUCUAAAGCCCAAGUUGAAAAUAACACCGUAUCAGCACAUUGAGCCGACUUAUACGGCAGUACAUACGUGGCGUCCCAAGUCUAUUGUCAUUUGAAACAAAUUAUAGAUGUUUUAGCUUUAAAUGCAUCAAAAAUGUAGUAUUUUCCC